AAUAAGUCACAUUAAAUGUAACAUCAAUCAUAAAAUGUAACACUUUUCUGGUUUUAGGAAAAUGGUAGCUUUGAAAUCAAAAGAUUUUAGUAACAAAAUAUCUAUACAUCAAAAUUUAAAAUAAUGUGACUUAUUAUUAACAUAAGAGUAAAAAUAAAUAAAGCAGAAUAACCCGGAAAUAUAAAGAGCUAUAAAAAAAAAAAGUAAUUAGAUCAAGUAAACUAACCCGAGGAAAAAAAUCUAAACUAACCGUCUCAAGAUUGUCAUAAGAAAUUAAGAUAUCAUUGACGUCGUCCCCCUCAUGGUACUGAAGAUGUCAUUUUUUGAUAAGGAGGCAAAGUUCGGGAACAUCAAGCCAGAAAAGAAAUAUUUGCAACACUUGUCCCGGUAACCCACAGACAACAAUGGUUGGAUGAAUUUUAUUUCGUCGAAAUCUGUCCGAAAACAUGGAUGGCGGAGACUUGUAAAAGGUCAAAUAUCUAGCGCUAAUCCGGAAAUGCUUGGAGCUAAAGUUGCCAGAGCUAAAAUGAAAUCGACUGUUGGAAUUGAUUUAAAAUGUACAGGAAAUCGGCCCCGAAAAGUUUGUUUUUACCAAAAAAAAUAUUAAGUCUGGCAAACUUUGGGAAAAAAAAACAGACGACCAAGAACUAAUGUUAACCAUUACAGUUACAGUUUCCUCAAAUAAAGACAACAUAUGCUCUCGUCCGCGGCUCUACUUUCCAGCAAAUUCCAAAUUGGAGUGUGUGAAAACAUUAUUUUCCGCUACUUCAAGGACAAAGCGAGUCAACGAGAUAUAGUUCUAGCAGGUAAUGUUUAAGCUGCUAACUAAGAUAUCUGGAAUGGUAUUCUCGCUACUGAUGUGCUGCAACAUUUAUUUCUCAAAGAAAACCAACCAAUAUGACAAGAAGCUUCAUUGACUCAUUGGCUGUCCAGCGCAUUUCAUGGCUCCUGAAUUAUGUCAGACAGUCAAUCACCUAAUGAAUAUCCCUCGAAAGAAAAGAAAUCAGAAGGGUCGUCUUCACGCUCGCGAACCUCGAGAAAUGCCGAUAAAAAAAAUCGCAAGAAAAUCAGGCAUAUAUGGGACGCCUACCAUGAGGAAAACGACGAUGAUUAUUAUCUAAGCUCCGGUACUCACAUCCACACAAACGUUCUUUCAGAAACCUACCCGAAAGAAUACUCCAUUAUUCCGACCUAUUCUUUAAACUUUGAUGACGAAGAUUUUAAAGACGCGUACCCACCCAGCGACCGCCAUACUGGCUCCUCCAUAAGUCCAAGCAUCCUUGGGCUGAGCGGCUCCAUAGGUUUUAGUUCCAGCGAUAAAGAAGAGUUAAUGAGCCACGAGGAGCAUGGGGACGCUGUGGUUCGAGAGGAACAGUUUCUGGACAUCCCAGACUCACCUAAACACUCUCCCGUGUCGAGUGGACACCACCACCGCCACCGUCACCGCCACCACCCCGGGGGACAUGGAUCCCAUCCGGUCUCGGACUCACAAAUCCAAGAUUCCCCCGGCCCUCACCAAUUCUUGGAGUGCAUCGCCUGCUCUAGCUUGGAUGAUUGUAUUGCAUUGGAGAAAAAUCCGGAAUUGCGGAAGAAGCUUCAGAGCAACGGGUCGACGCAGAAAAGCCUGAACAGCGGUAAAGUUUUUUUAAUAUGCGGGACCUCGCCUCCCAGAGAAGAAACCAAAGUCGCCCGAAAAAGCAGCAAGCACGUUGAGGAUGGGACAAAAGUAUCCCGAAAGAGUAGUAAAAUUGACGAGCCUGUCUUACAAGAUCACCGCAAACAGAGCUCCGAUAUAAUUGAGACGCCCGUUGCGACACGUUCAAGGAAGAUACAAGUCAGACCGCAUACGGAUAAGUCCACACAGUUUACUCCUGCAGAGGGGGAAGAUGAGCAACCCAGGGAUAUUCGCGAACCCCAGGUGGUGAGAAGUAAAUCGAUUAGCGCUGAUGAUGGAUUCAGAUAUAAAGAAGAUCAGACCACAUACGACCGUCAACAACGCGCGUCUAACACAGACCAGCGUAACUUACAAAGUACUAACGCAUCCGUGGGUGCUCCUGACCCUAAGGGUGGGGUACUUCGUCAUGAGGCAAACAGUAACACCGACACUGAACAAACUACGCACCACGCUAAUCUCUCCAAGCGAGAAUCUGUUAUACAAUCGUCAAGGGGCCGGACGUAUUCUUUAAAUACAAUAAAUGAAAAAUCAAAAUCUAUGACUGGGGAGUAUCGUCCUUAUGUACGCCAUGAACCUAUUUUACCGCAUUUGUCCUCACGUUAUAGUAUUAAUACUGGUCCAGGGUAUUCAGUUGAGAAUAAAAACUCGCUGUAUGCGUCUAGGACUCAGAUUCCUCGUGAGUAUGGGCGCCAUGAACCCUUAUCACCGUACUCAUCAUCCCGAUAUGGUCGUAACAAAGCACCAGGGCUAUCAGUAGAGAAUAAAAACUCGCUGUAUGCGUCUAGAACUCAGAUUCCUCACUUGAUUGUGGGCGGGGAGUAUGGCGUGUCCAGCGCCUUGCCAGAUCCGCUAAAACAUGAGGCUUUGAUGAACAGCCAGGUGUUGCUGCCACAAGCAUUAUUGAGCAUGCCCCGACAAGAUCCUCUCAUUAAUUAUCAAAUGUCUUCAUCACAACCAAACAUGAAUAAUCAAAUUUUUCAACCACAGCCAAUCUUGAAUAAUACCAUACCCGCACAACAACAAAUCACGAACAGUGAAAUACCACAGCAUCGACCACUUUGGAACAAUCAAAUGUCUUUACAAAACCCAAAUAUGAACAAUCUCAUCACUCAACCACAAUCAAUCAUGAACAAUCAACUGUCUCCACAAUAUCCGAAUAUGAACAAUCAGCUUUCUCCACAAUAUCCAAACAUGAACAAUCAGCUUUCUCCACAAUAUCCGAAUAUGAACAAUCAACUUUCCCCACAAUAUCCGAAUAUGAACAAUCAACUUUCCCCACAAUAUCCGAAUAUGAACAAUCAACUUUCCCCACAAUAUCCGAAUAUGAACAAUCAGCUUUCUCCACAAUAUCCGAAUAUGAACAAUCAACUUUCCCCACAAUAUCCGAAUAUGAACAAUCAACUUUCCCCACAAUAUCCGAAUAUGGACAAUCAACUUUCCCCACAAUAUCCAAACAUGAACAAUCAACUUUCCCCACAAUAUCCGAAUAUGAACAAUCAACUUUCCCCACAAUAUCCAAACAUGAACAAUCAGCUUUCGCCACAAUACCCGAAUAUGAACAAUCAACUUUCCCCACAAUAUCCGAAUAUGGACAACCAACUUUCUCCACAAUAUCCGAAUAUGAACAAUCAACUGUCUUCACAAUACCCAAACAUGAACAAUCCGAUUUCGCGACAAUACUCUAGCACAAAUCACCAAUUGUGCCAGCCCCACCCAACUCUGGUUCCACCAGACUAUCCCGGACAGUGCCCAAAACUCGACACAGAAUUGCAUGGUGGCCAUGUCUCUCACAGAGACCUCUGCGGGUAUUCCCCACAAAUGGCAUAUGGAGACACAGGAAACCAAGGGUUCAAAGGAUCGAACCAAUCACCAAGCAAGUCGUAUCCUUCCAACUCUAUCCAACCUCAAAGACCCCUGUCUCAAACGACGUGCGUCCCGCGCGUUCAGUUUCAAGAAGCUUCCCAGCACUUACCUAACGCGUUGAUCUGCGGGAAUCGCCAGGAAAACGCCAACACCAUGAUGUCUCCUAUCGACGCUUGCGAUAGCGACCCCCUGCAGGAUUUCUCCAGCACCAGCUCCUACCCCAGCGGGAGAAUCUCUCGCUUCCAGACCUGCUACUCUGGUGAGUCUCGCACGACUACACCGAACCAAAGCAGCCCCAGACUCAGUCAACUGAGGCGAGGGCAACCAUCCGCAUCACCUAGUCAUAUCCCGGAAACAUUCACGAACAUGCCGGUCAUGGGAAGUGAAAGUCAAAGUUAUUUUUCAGCACGAAGAAAACAGCCUUACUAUACGAAUAGGGGAAACUCACCUCGGCAACAUCGAAGAAAUAACUUUGAAGCCCCGCAACAUUUCGAUAGUCCUAGUAGUUGUGAGUACCGAAAAGGAAACGCUAGCCCUGUUGGGCGUGAAGAACGGUAUCUGAUGGACGAUCCAAUGCUGUCUGUUCAGGAUGAAGCUCAUUAUGCUAAAAGAUGUCAUUUGAGUUCAGUUUCGCGGCACAGUUCUAGAAGCUUCUGUCGUGGCAAUGAUGACCGCAUGCAGAGCAGUAGUGACGAAUCCUUGUACACGCCUCGCGAUCAACGCUACGCUACAUUCAUGGAUGACGUAGACGACCCAAAACGAGGCCCAGCACGCAGACGCAAUGUGACGUAUCAACUCAGAUCUAGGCCGGGCCGUGUAUCCAAUAGCAAGUCUUGCUACGACAACACGGGAGGGCGGCACGGUUCGGACAGAGAGAGUUGCUAUGACAACGGCGGAGGCUGGCACGGUUCGGACAGAGAGUGUUGCUAUGACAACGGCGGAGGGUGGCACGAUUCGGUGAGAGAGCGUGGUUAUGCCAGCAGUGGAGGCUAUCUAGGUUCGGAUAGAGAAACGUUCGACAAUGACUGGCAAUGUUCGGACACAAGGUCCUGCUAUAACGACGGCGGAGGCUGGAGUUCCAAGAACAAGCCAGCCAGGAAGAGACUCCUCUCUGAAGGGUAUUCAGAACCCCUGACGCCGAGAUAUAUCUCCAGGUCUACCUUUGGCACAGGAGAUUACCGUGUGGUCGACAGGCACUUCAGUGGUAGCGCCAGUAAGGUUUGGGAUAAACACGACAGGGGGGCCCCUCCCUCGUGGUCCUACCACUCAGAGUGCCCCGGGGUGAAACACAGCCCACCCCUCCGCAAGCAGUCGUACCAGGCUCCCAGUUCUGCCAGCUCCCGUAGGAGCAGUAGAGGUGACGAGAAUGAAGAUGACGAUGACGGCAAGUCCAGCUGGGUAUCUGAUGAAUGAAGACUCGGAUGGUUGGUUUGCACACAAUUUUAUUCGAAGGAAAUCUUUUAUAAGAAAUG